UGCUCAUCCCUCCCCAAUAGUCAACAACAAAAAUCUCCGUCGUCGACAUAUUUUAUUUUAAAAAGCAAACGCCGCCGCCAGAAGCAAAAACGCGAGGUAGAAGAUCCAAGGGAAGUGCGAAAAUGGAUGACUCACGCGAAGAAAGCCAGUUCAUCGUGGACGAUGUUAGCAAGACAAUUAAGGAGGCCAUUGAGAGCACCAUUGGCGGCAAUGCCUACCAGCACGACAAGGUAAACAACUGGACCGGCCAGGUGGUGGAGAACUGCCUCACUGUGCUGACCAAGGAGCAGAAGCCCUACAAGUACAUAGUGACUGCCAUGAUCAUGCAGAAGAACGGUGCUGGUCUGCACACAGCCAGCUCCUGCUAUUGGAAUAACGACACCGACGGAUCCUGUACAGUGCGUUGGGAGAACAAGACCAUGUACUGCAUUGUCUCCGUCUUCGGGCUAGCCGUCUAGAGGCCAGCUAAGGACCAGAAGAUCAACCAGGAGAAAAAGAAAGAGAGAGGAAGUCAACAAUCGAUACUAACUAAUAAGGGGGAGGGAUUAACAAGAUUGCCGUCGGAACACAAGCACUUUUCUGUCGGCUAGCCUGCUGCGAAGACGAAAUUAACCAUGAUUCAUGAAGACAUGUUGUAUCCCAAGGAAUUAAGCGCCUAAUGUUACUCUUGAUUUUCAAUUUAAAAAAGCCUAAAUAAAGUAAUUUAAAUGAAAAUGAA